AUGGGGAUGUCAUCGGACGAGCUUUUCGAGUGUUAUCCGUGGGGUCCGGGGUACCGCUUGGCCGCCGAUGCGAACGUGUACGAGUUCAGUUUCACGCUCGAGCCGAUCGAGAUUUUGGGGGACCUCCUCUCGUCCCUGGGCCUUGACGAGAACGAGGGUUUCAACCUACGCAGUUUUGGAUGCAUCGAUUCUUACUCUGGGGAGCCGGCGACGCACCAGUCGGCCUUUGUUUUGACCGAGUACGAGUCCAGUUUCACGCUCGAUUCGCUCGAGUUCUUAGACACGAACCUCUCCCCGUCCAUGGGCUCGGCCGGGUACGAGGAUUUCGACACGAAUGACUCUUGGGACCCGCUCUACGGAGGGGGCGGCAAAGGCGGCAGCAGGACCUCGCAGCGGGUCCGGGCCGACAAGUCCCAGAUUCAGGACCAGCUCAUCGCCCUCGCGACGGCCGUCGCUGAGCUGCAGCGUGCUCAGAUGGGCACCCGCACCACGCCGAAGGCUGGCCGUGCCGAGGCGCGGCCUUCAAAGCCCACCACCACGCGCCCUAGGCGUCAGAGGCGGCAGAGGGAGGACACCCCGAUCGUCGCCAAGCUGCGCUCCCUGCUGUCCGUCGUGGACGGCGGCAUGAACGUCACGCAGACCCAGGUCAUCUCCAAGCUUCGGGAGGUCAUCUCGACCUUCACUCCGGGAGCAUCGCCCUCGGCGCGGGACGCGCCCGAGGCUCCCCAAGAGAAAGAGCCGCCCCAGGUCAGGGCGCGUCUUUUUCAGGACCCCUGGGGACAGGCCAAGAUCGUCACUUCCAGCGCGGUCCGGGCCUCCCUGGAGCAGUCCACCGAGCCCAUGGUGAUCCUGGCGGCCACCCGCGCGGAGUACGAGCAGUGCGAGCGCGCGAGGAAGGCCCUCGGGAACCGCCAGAACAUCACCUACGUCGUCUUGGACAGCAACGGCCCCGACUCGGUCCUCCUCGAGGGCCAGCGCGGCCCCCGCUCCGCCAAGGCCAACAUCACCUACCUCAGCGAGUCCGCGCCGAAGUGUGCUGGGCUCCACGCGGCUAUGAAGGACGACAAGCCCGUCCCAGCCAACAAGCUGAAGCUGGUCAAUUUUCGGAUCACGAUCUCCGCGGAGUUCGCCGACGAGACCCUCUUCCACGUCGCCUCUGCGGAGCCGCAGACCACCCCCGCCCUUGUCCUCGGGGACGUCCUCGCGGAGCGCGUGCUGCGUACCCGAGGUGCCAUCGCCUACGACGCGGAGGUCACAUGCAUCGUCUCGACGACCGAGGCCAACGCUGCCGAUUUCCGGACAGCAGUCCCACCGAGAGGUGCCUUCAUCAUGCAGCAGGACGCCCCCAUCGCCCCGCGAUGGCUCUCCCGGAGGGCCGACGAGGAGGACGAGGAAGGCACCCGCAAGUACUACGACCGGGUCUACCAGCUUGCCCAGCAGCGGCAGGGCCACAUGUUGCACCGCCCCCACGGAAAAGCCCAACUGGGAGUCGCUGGCGCCGCUGGGGUACAUCCUGGAGAGGCUGAUGCCAUCAAAUGGCACGCGCGGAAUGCACCCGCACACAUGGUCACUGCCCAAGAAUUCACCACCUGGGCCACGGAGCGCGGCUUCCAGAACGUCGCCAACGCAGCCAGAGCAGGCGCCCGUGCGUGGACCUUCUGCGGGGACACGCCGGCGGGCGUCGUAGCCACAGCCCACACCUUCAAGUCCGGAGCCGUCGUGUCUCGGGCUUUCUCGAAGAACGGCGCCCCCGCCAAGGCCGCCCGCCAGGCGACCAGCAAGGAGGCCCGCCAACGCUGGGGAGCUCCCAAGGCUUCGCCCCAGUACGACGCCGCUGUCGCCCCCCCGCCUGCCGAGGAGAGGGCCGCCGCCCCCGCGGACGCCCCCUCGGGCGCCGCUGCCGCCGCCGCCGCCGCCGACGGCGACCCUGCGGGCGGAGCUCGCAAAGCUGGAGCCGCCCCGCACGAGGCGGCGCCCCCGAACAAGCACGCCAAGGGCGAGAACGGCAAGCCAGUCCCGGCUGGCCCGCCCACCCCGCCUUUCACGAAGUUUUUUAACGUCCCAGCCUGUGGCGGCGGUGGGGACUGCAUGCACAUCGCCGUCGCAAAGGGCCUGGCCGCCAUCACGCCGUCCAAGAGCAUCCCGACCGCCGACGACUUCGAGCCCGGCGGCCGACCCCAGGGCAAUCUCCGCCUCGCUGCGCAGGAGGAGGCCCUCAAGAAGACGUUCAAGGCGACCACGGCGGACGCCGACAAGAUCGGCACUACAGGAACGCCUGCCUCCUCCCUGGCCGUCCGGCUGAGCCGCGCGCCGGCGCCGCGUCUCGACCCCGAGGCCAUGUCCAUCCUGGGCAUUCCCGCCCCUCCAAGCACGGCAGCCGCCAGCCGUGCCCCUACGCGCCGCCCCGCGGCUGCCUCCUCCAGGGGAGCCCGAAGCAUCCUCGGCGUCCCCGCCGACGACCCUGACGAUGAGACGCCAGUUGCCUACGCCAAAGGCGACUAUCUCAAGUGCCCCUGCGGCCAGCGGGCGCAACCCGCCCCCCCUGCCCACCUCUCGGGGAGCCAAGCCUCAGCCUGGCAGUACAACAAGGCCACCGUCCACUGGCGGGAGCGCCAGGGCGCCGCCCCCCCCAGGCUGAAAGACCAGCCCGGCAGCGUCAGCCGCCGCGCCAUUCAAGCAAGCUUCUGGACCCGGCCUGCCUUUCGCGAGGCCCGCCGCGCGAAGCUUUUUGCAGCGCACUUGAAAUGGAAGGCGGCCUUGCCGGCGAGCGUCCAGCCGGGUGCGUGCAGCCCCGAUGAGCGCACGGUGUCCUCCAAGGUCCUCAAGGGCGGGGGCAUCCAGCACCACUACACGUGUUCUACAUGCAGCAAAAGUACCCACCUGACCCAGUUGAGGUACUACCCAUGCAGGGCCCGGCCUGCCACCACGACGCGCCUCUCCACGCUCACGGCGACGCGCGGAGAGGAGGCCGCCAACAGGGCCCACCAGGCGGAGAGUGCAAGCCGCAAGCGGUUUGCCAAGACCUACGCUACCAGGCGGAAGGAGCUCUACAAUAUUCGCUACGCCGACCCCGAGCAGCGGAAGACGAAGCGGCUGAAGGACAAGAUCCGCUUCGCGAGGUACCGCGCCGACCAGAAGCGCCUGAGCCAGGAGCGCCGCACGGCGAAGAUCGCCAAGAAGCGGCCCGCCACGGGGAUGACGGAGCUGCAGGUCGCCACCCUCAACGUCACGAGCCUCCGGGCGGACCGCUUGGAAGUCGUCAAUUUCACAUCCACCGUGGCUCGUGGUACUCCGCCGGUGCCGCGGUGCAUCGCUGGCGACCUGAACUGGCGCCCCUCUUACGUCAACGCGCUGCCGACGCACGCCGCCCUGCGCGCCGCAACUACGCCUACGACCCUAGCAGGGACCUCUCCUACGCGAGCCGUGGGGGCCGGCAUCGAGCUGAGGCUUGAGAGCGUCGCCUUCCCCCCGCUCAUUCCUCAUCACGGGCUGGUGAUCUUCUCUGCGCAGGUCGCCGCCCCGUCGGCGCAGGCUACGCGAAUGCGCCGCGCUACACGGUUCACGCUCGACCCGGGCACCGCCCUGCUGGCGAGCGACACCGAGGAGCUGCAGAGCCACAUGGACGCCACCCUGCCGGCCUGCCCAGCCGCCGCCCCUCCCCCGGAGAGGCGGGAGCGAUGGCACGCCCGGGCCGAGGGGGCACUGGCGGCAGCUGCCCACCAGGGGUGGGUAUUACAAGACGGGGCCGCUGAACGCCCCAAGGGAUCCCUCCCUACCUCGCGCAGGGUGGCCACGACUCCGGCGGUGCGGCCCGCCGAGCCGAUGGAGCUGGUACGCCUGAAACGCCUUGGUCGCCGCGUUGCCCACCAGCUCCGCGACCAUGCAGACGAGCUCAUCGCAGGCCCUCUUCUGCGCCAGCACGUGGACUCGGCCCUCCGGGACCGGUUGACAGCUGGCCCGAAAGGACGGCCGACGCACGCAGAGGCACACGGCAAGAUCUCGAAGGCCAUCUCCGCGAUCCAGCGGGACCUGCUCAGAGAUCGCCGCUCCGAGUGGCGCCGCCUCUUCCAGCACUUCACGACGGACACGUGGAGGGCAGCCACUGCAGAGGUUCAUGGGCCCAACGAGUGCCCCAGUUUCAAUGCCGAGGACAUGACGGAGGAGUGGAAGCGAGCGUGGGCCCCGUCAGACCCCAACUACGACGAGCAGAGAUGCGCGGCCAGGUGGGAGCAGUACGCCGCGGAGGCGCACGAGCCCUUGCCGAAGACCGCCAACGCCUACGACGAGGAGCGGCACCCCUCUUACGCCGACUUCCGGGUCGCCGUGCGCAAGGCCAAAGGCAGCGCAGGCUAUGACGGUUGGCACUCUAGCGAGCUCAAGCUGAUCUCCGAGCAUUUCGAGUUCUUGCUUUUCGAACUCUACACGCUAUGGCGGGACACCUGCGAGACCCUCCUGGUCGAGAGGCCCACCACCGAGCUCCAGCACCUCCUCUUCGCCUGGCGGGUUGUUGGGGUGCCAAAGAAAGACCCGACGCAGUCCCGGCCUAUAGGGGUGGGCUCCGUGCUCCUCAGGGCCUGGCUCACAGCUUGCGAGCCCAGCCUGCCCACGCCACAGGACGCUCAGUUCGCCUGCAAAGCGGGCUCCACGGUGGUCCACGCCUGCUGCUUGUGGCUGCACGCCUGCCAGCACGGCUCGUGCGGACUGGAGCGUGACCUGUCCAAGUGCUACGACAACGUGCCGCAUGCGGUGGCAGACGCGGCGCUCCGCAACGCCCAGACGCCACGCCGAGUGCCAGCGGGAGAGCUGGCCAGUGAGACACUCUGGCCUACGCGCAGCCUCGCUCAAGGGGACAGCACGGCGCCGAAGGUCCUGUGCCACGUACUUUCCCCCUGGGAGAUCAACGGCACCAAGUUCCUUUUCAUGGACGACAGGUCCGCCGUCUUCGACUCCGUCCCGCAGAUGGAGUCGGACGUGCAGGCCACCAACGCCUUCGACUCAGGCACGGGCGCUAUCGAGAACGUCGGGAAGCGCCAGGUCUGGAAGCGAGGGGACAGGACGCAGAUCGAGCACAUCGGCAUCCUCGCGUUCCCUGAUGCUCCGGAUGAGCCGAUUACGCCUGCCGGGGGCUGGACCAAGCUCCGCAAGCGCUUGCACGCCAUCCGAGGCCUCCCGGGAGGCAGCGAAGCCAGGGCCACGGCGGACCGGGCCUACGCUAAACCGUUGUGGACUUGGUGUUCCCCGGUUUUCUCUCUGCCACCACCCGACGUCGUCCCAGCAGCGAUGUCAGCGGUGCUUUCGACGAGGUGCACUUGGUGGUGCCGAGGCCGUUUCUGGGCCUCGAAUAUCGACCUGCACCCCAUCUUCAGCGCGGUGCUCACGGCCAUCGAUCGCAUCACCACCUGGGACCUCCGCUGGAGUACAUUCCUCGAGGUGAAUUCCACGUCGUUCUUCGAUGCCAUAGGUUUCGAGUUCCUGCAGUACGACCCAGAGCGCGGAGUGCAGUUCCGACGCUCGGUGGACGAGCCUGAUGUCCGAGUUCGCCGAUUGUGCGGGCGCAGACACAUCUUCUGGAGCGACGAAGAGAUGGUGCCGCACCUCCUUCGCCAAGUAUGCCGGGCGAGAACUCUUGCCCACGCAUCCGCGUCUCGCCACGACUCGGAGGGGGUCGACCAGAUCGACCUUGAAGCCUCCUCGGCACGAGCGUGGUCCACUUUCCGGGACUCGCUGACCCUGGAGGACAGGAUCCACUUGAAGAUCUUUCGCUGCGGAGCGACACACAGCCCGACGAGAAGAUGGAGCAACACCAGGCCCGAUCUCACGGCGGCCUGCCCGUCUUGCGGGGGUCCCCAUCGACCGAGUGCGCGCCACUACGUGGCCGAGUGCGCCGCCCUGGCGGGUUUCCGGCAGGAGCUGAACGACGCGUACCACAUCCCACCUGGCUGGUGGGCACGCCAGCCGCGGGCGACGCUGAAGACGGGAUGGAUCACUUUCCCGGCUCACGCGUCCGCGGCCCGCAGAGCGGAGCUCCAGGUGGCCGUCUGCCGCAUGGGGCUCGUUGCCAUGGCGCAGAUGGCAGAGGAUUGCGAGGUGUUGAAGAGAGCCUAG